CAGUGGGUCGGCGCCGCCGCGGGCGCGACGGCAAUCGCUGCCUGGGGGCUGCGACGCGGCGCGCUGUCCCCCAGUGGUGCCGCAGCGGCGUUCGUAGUUGGCUUCGGCACCCUUGGCGCAAGCCUGCGGUUCGGCGCCACGCUUGUUGCGUUCUUCCUGUCGUCCAGCAAGUUGACCAGCUACAAAGAGGAGCUCAAGGAGGGUCUGGAUGAGAACGCCAAGAAGGGAGGGCAGCGUACCUGGGUGCAGGUGCUGUGCAACGGGCUGGUGCCCACCAUCCUUGCCGUCGUGUACGGCAUCCUCGCCGGCUGUGUCGACCUGCCGCUGGGCCCCGCCGUCGCCGCCGCCAGCGGCCCCGCCCUGGAGCCCUGGCGCGCCGCUGCGCUGACGGGGCUGAUGGGCGGUUUCCUGGGCUAUUACGCGUGCUGCUGCGGCGACACCUGGGCCAGUGAGCUCGGUCCGCUGUCCGCGGACACGCCCCGACUGAUCACCACGAUGCGGCCAGUGCGGCGGGGUACCAAUGGCGGUGUGACGCUGCUGGGCCUCAGUGCGUCCAUCAUGGGCGGCAUGUUUGUGGGACUGGCUUUCUAUCUGGCAGGCCUGCUGUCCCCCACAUUGUGGAUUUUCGAAAGCCAGCGUGCCGUGGCGGCGGGCCAGUGGCGCCUUAUCCCGAUAGGCCUCAUGGCGGGUCUCUUCGGCAGCGCACUGGACUCCUUGCUGGGCGCCACGCUGCAGUACAGUGGGUACGACACCGUACGCGGCCGCGUUAUGUCUCGCCCUGGGCCCGACGUGGUGCACAUCUCGGGCAUGAAGCUGCUGGACAACAAUGCCGUCAAUGCGGUGUCGGCGACGUUGACCGCGGCGCUG